AUGGCGGAUGAGAAACAUGAGGAGGCCGCGUCGGCGCCUUUGCCAUCACCACCGGCAAAGGUGGUUUGCAUCGCAGACCCGCCCCAUGGAAUUAUCUCUGAUCCUGAGAAAGCCGUGGUCGCCCAGAACAAACCUUCCAAUGGAGCCUCUGCGCGAAAGCCCAAGGGUCACAAGAGGAACUACACCCUUGAUGUGGAAGCCCAGAUCACCCUUCCAGAAGACCCUGAGCGCAAGCCGUUUUCGAAAGCCAGAUAUAUUAUUUUCACUGUAUAUCGGCGGUUGUUCACAACCGUAUUCUGUGCCAAUCUUGCCUGUUUCCUUUACGUGAUGAUCUCUGAUCGGCAACUUUUGGCACUAGUGAACGCGACAGCUGUCAACUUGGUGGCAUGCGGUCUCGCUAGACACCCGAUGGUUGUCAAUGCCAUCUAUCGAGUUGUGUGCUCUCUCCCUAGGUCUGCACCGUUAUGGAUGCGCCGAACAGCCGCCAAGGCUGCUCAUUACGGUGGUGUUCACAGUGGAUGCGGUGUUGCCUCUUUGAUUUGGUACAUUGGAUUUGUCGCUAUGGUCUCAAAAACCAAGUUUACGUCAUCUCCUAUCAGUCCAUUGACGUCUCAUCAAUUUUCGGCGGCGCCCAUUGUUCUGGCCUAUAUCAUUCUUGUUCUUCUCAUGGUUAUGGUGAUUGUGGCACACCCUGCCAUUCGCCGGAAGUUCCAUGAUUACUUCGAGUUCACGCACCGCUUCACUUCGUGGUUGAUUUUGGCACUUUUCGUCGUCCUGGUCAUGGUCUUUGCUCACGAGGUCGCCCCCGCGCAGAAGGACACACUUGGCCACUUCCUCAUUACUCUACCGGCAUUUUGGCUUCUGAUCGCAGCAGUGCUUGCUGUGGCGCAUCCAUGGCUCUUGCUGCGCAAGGUGCCCGUGCAGGCUGAGCCGCUUUCCACCCACGCUGUGCGCCUUCACUUCAACCACACGGCAAUCAGUUUCGCCAAGGGUGUCCAAGUCACAAAGCAUCCUCUCCGUGACUGGCACAGUUUCGCUGGUUUCCCUGACCCAGACCCCAGUGGCAAGAGCAACCUGAAGAGUUGGUCAAUUGUCGUCUCGAAGGCCGGAGAUUGGACCGCCGACACAAUUGCCAACCCACCAACCCAUCUCUGGAAGCGUGGCGCUUUGAUGCGCGGUGUUGGAUACGGACUGCGUCUGUUCAACCGCAUCAUCAUUGUCACUACCGGUUCUGGAAUCGGACCCUGCCUCGGCUUCCUCGGUGAUGAGAACCGACCCGCCAUCAAGGUCAUUUGGCAAACGCGUACGCCUGUGAAGACCUACGGACAGGACGUCGUUGAUCUCGUCCACAAGAUGGGUCCGGAUCCAAUCAUUUGGGAUACGUCUAAGGAUGGUCGUAUUGACAUGCUCCCUAUGGUCCGGCAACAGGUCAAGGACUUUGAAGCGGAGGCUGUCUUCGUCAUCAGUAACCCUUCAAUGACCCAAAAAAUUGUUUAUGAAUUUGAAUCCCAGGGGAUUCCGGCAUACGGGCCGAUCUUUGACUCAUGA